CCAACAUUCUCACGAGUCACUCCCUUCUCUUCCUCUAGAAAAAAAAAAAAAAAAAAAAAUGCACAAAAAACUCAGCCCCAUGACUCCUCUGCUCCUCUUUAUCUUUUUCUCAUCUCUCACUGUUGGGUUCGCCUCCGCCGGAGACGGCGGUUCUUUCGCCGGAGAAAACCCAUUUACCCCGAGAGCGUAUCUGGUUCGGUAUUGGAACAAAGAGAUCCGAAAUAGUCAGCCCAAGCCAGCAUUUCUGCUAUCCAAGGCAUCCCCUCUGAGUGCGGUGGACUCGGCGAGUUUCGCCAAGCUCGCGGCGCAGAGCGAUCUGUCCUCGCACUUGCCGGCGUUCUGCGCCUCGGCGAACCUGCUCUGCUUCUCCGAUUUAUCGCCGAGUCUGGAGAAGCACGAGAAGGACUCCAACUUUGCAGGGUACUCGGACCGGAACUUCACCAAUUACGGCACGGAUCGGCUCGGCGGGACCGACUCGUUCCAGAAAUACUCGGGCGACGAGAACAUCCCCGUCGACUCGUUUCGCCGGUACAGCCGAGACUCGACGGGCCACAAGGACAAUUUCGUCAGUUACGCCCCCAAUGGCAACGUGGUGGACCAGAGCUUCAACACCUACGCCACCGGGGCUACCGGCGGCUCCGGCAUGUUCUCCAAGUACGCCGGCGAUGUGAACGUCCCCAAUCUCCGGUUCACUUCCUACUCUGACGAUUCCAAUGGCCAUGACCACACGUUCUCGACCUACAGCGAGAACGCUAACGCCGGUGACCAGAGAUUCAGCAACUAUGGGAAGAACGGCAAUGGGGCUCCGAACGAGUUCAACAACUACGGGACGGGUGCGAAUGUCGUCGGGUCGGACUUCGCGGCCUACGGCCAAACGUCAAAUGGCGCGAACGACACGUUCACGAAUUACGGGAAGGACCAGAACAAUCCCCAGAACAACUUCAGGAGCUAUGGGGACGGAGGAAACAGUGCCGUUGAUAGCUUCGCGAAUUACAGAGAGAACGCCAAUGUGGGUGACGACUCGUUCCAGAGCUACGCUAAGAACUCGAACGGGGCCAAGGUCAAUUUCGCCAAUUACGGUAAAUCCUUCAAUAUCGGUACAGACAAGUUCACUGGGUACGGCCAGGGCUCCCGGGGCCAGACCGCCGGAUUCAAGAUCUACGGCGUGAACACUACUUUUAAGGACUACUCGAAAAAGGGUAUCACAUUCUCUAGGUACACCAAUGUGAGCUCGGAGAAGAGCACUACAAUGCAGGUCAGUGGCAGUUUGGUAAAAAGGUGGGUGGAGCCGGGCAAAUUCUUUCGGGAGUCGAUGCUGAAGAAGGGGAAGGUAAUGCCAAUGCCGGACAUUAGAGAUAAAAUGCCCAAAAGGUCGUUUUUGCCCCGGUCCAUCUCGUCCAAAUUACCGUUCUCAACCUCCAAGAUCUCUGAGAUGAAGAGGAUCUUCCACGCGCGUGAUAAUUCUAGCAUGGAGAGUAUGAUGCUGGAGUCGCUCAGCGACUGCGAGAGGGCUCCUACCCAGGGCGAGACCAAGCGGUGCGUCGGGUCGGCGGAGGACAUGAUCGACUUUGCAACCUCAGUCCUUGGCCGCAACGUCGUCGUUCGAUCAACCGAGAACGUGAGCGGGUCAAAGAAGAACAUAAUGGUCGGAUCGGUCAAAGGGAUCAACGGUGGAAAAGUGACGCAGUCUGUGUCUUGUCAUCAGAGCUUGUUCCCCUACCUGCUCUACUAUUGCCAUUCGGUCCCGAAGGUUCGGGUCUACGAAGCGGAUAUACUGGACCCGAGUUCUAAGGCCAAGAUUAAUCACGGUGUUGCCAUCUGUCACUUGGACACGUCGUCUUGGAGCCAGGGUCAUGGAGCUUUCUUGGCUUUGGGUUCGGGUCCGGGGCGGAUCGAGGUUUGCCACUGGAUUUUCGAGAAUGAUAUGACCUGGACACUCGCCGAUUAAGUGCUUAGCUUAAGCUAUAUUAUUGCUUUAAUAUAUUGGGUUACCCGGUCGCUAAGAAAGCUUAGAUGCCGGCUACACACCCUGUUGAUUAAUUUGAAGUCCCUAUUAAGUUAAGAAUUUUUAGCUUUGACAGGAAAAGCAAGUUAUGGUUUACUUUACAUUUGGAAGGUGCUAUAUAUAAUUUGAGUUUUGGUAAAUGUUAUUAAAUCUACCCAAAUAACUGGAAGGAAAAUGAAAAAAAAAGAAGUUUUUAGCUUUUCCU